CUGCUUUUUGACACGCAUGCAAAAGCAUCCACUUGUGCUGUAGCUGACCUCACACUCUGCAGAAGCGGACAGAGCAGAUUAACUAUGGGCGAACCCGCCACGUCAAAGGAGGCCCAGACGACUGGUAAACUCAAAUACGAACUCGUGGAAGGUCGCACCGCCGCCACGCACGUGUACGCGACGUACCCGCUCAAGUUCCUGCACCCACGACGCACCAUCCACCAGCGCUUCGACACGUACAUCACGUACAUUUUGGGCUACGGGGGAGGUCUUGUUGGCGGUGACUCCGUUGUCGUGGAGUGCGAAUUAGGCCCCGACACGUCAGUUGUACUGGGGACGCAGGCAACCACAAAGGUGUUCAAGUCGUAUGACGAGGGGCAGUUUGUGUCUCAAACCUUCUCACUGAAAGUAGCAACCAAUGCAACGUUGGCAUUUCUCCCUGACCCCGUAACCUGCUUUGAACGUGCGAAGUACCGGCAGAAACAAGUGUUUAACCUUGAAGAGAAUGCGAAUUUGGUCUUCGUGGACUGGCUGACAAGCGGCAGGAAGCGAAACUACCUGGCCACGGGAUCGAUCCGUGACAACCGAACCGAGACGCUCGAGCACUGGGACUUUAGCGAGUAUGAUACGACGUCCGAGGUUUUUGUUGGCGGUGAGCGUCUCGUGACAGAUCGCGUUCGACUUGCAGACGAAGAAGAUAUGAGUCUUCGCCAGCGCAUGCACAGUAUGCACGUACUGGGCGUGAUGGUGAUUGUCGGCUCCAAACUGAAGGUUAUCAUGGAGCAGCUCUUGGAGAUGAGCGCCCGCAAGAAACUCCACAACGCGCGGGACAUUACACCUCAAGGACGUCUUGCAGCGGCCAAUACGUUUCCGGGAGUGAUCACGUCUGCAAGUUCGUUGGGUUUAAAUUCAGUCAUCGUGCGAUUCUGUGGGCAAGACGUGGAGGCAGCGAUGACCUAUGUCACGACCACAUUGGAGCCCCUGAGGGAGAUUAUAGGCUUUAGUCCUUAUCAAGAAAAUCGGUAAUGUAUAUGACAUCGUAUCAUGGACCCAUCUCUGAGGUAGCUAUUAUAUUGAGGUAAAGUGAAAGCGUGAGGGCUGCUACUUUGGGGGGGGGGGGGUCUAAUUGUAAAACCCCAUGAGCGAGGUUGUUGCCUCAAUCUGAUACAGACCUCGCAGCAGUUCAAGACCGACGCGAAUGGAAGGCUCUCGCGAUUACAAUCACCGACUCAGCCUGGGAAGACUCGACGUAUACGAGAAGCUGAGACUAGCCCAGAUAAUUUGGCAAAUGUUCACGUAAAAUUGAUUGACGGG